GACUAGUUGACGACCACUUUCAAGAACAUAUGGAUACUUACUAAAUGCUUACAUGUAUAACAGACGUUCACCACUUAGUCGCGUGACUCAGGGACCCGGAGAAACCAUAUUGGAAAUGGAGGAACACGACGCAGAGAAACGCACAGACAGGCCACUUCUCUCUUCGAGGCUGCCGAAGAGCGAUGCCGUCGCGUCGCCCGCCUCGCUGCUGCCCCCUGCGUCUGACCUGACGGGGCGGCUGGCAGCCGACGUUGACGUGGAGGCGGCGAGGCCGGGCGAGGUUGCAGGCCUCGGAACGCCGGGUGCCUCAGGCGGUCUUGCCGGUCCCGCCGGGUCUUCGGGCGCAGCGGCGCCUGCUGACGCAGCUGCUGGCAGCUGGGGGCGGUGGCUGGGCACACCGUACCGGGACCGUGCCAUGCUGGACCACGAAAUCUUCCACAUCGCCCUCCCGAUGCUCGCGGCAUUGGCGACGGACCCGAUUGCGGGGCUGGUGGACAGCAUCUACAUGGGGCACGCCGGUUCCACGCAGCUGGCCGCGGUGGGUGUAGCGCUGUCCAUCUUCAACACAGCCACCAAGCUCGUCAACGCGCCGCUUGUGGCCGUCACCACCAGCGCCGUCGCCAUGGCAUCCGGCAUCGCCGCCGCCACCGCCUCCUCCUCCCAGCAGCGCGCCAACACCGCCUCGUCCUCCGCCGCCGGUGCAGCAGCAGGAGCGGUAGCCGCUACUGCCAGCGGCGCUGCCGCCGCGGCCUCCAACACAACUGGUGGCGGCGGUGGAGGUGGUGGUUGUGGUGGUGGUGGCGGUGGCGCUGUGCAGCUGGCGGCGACGUCACGCAAUGGCAGCGGGGCGCUGCAGUCGAGGGGCGCGAGGGCCGGGGCGGCAGACGGGGGCGGUGCGGGAGCAGCAGGCGCAGCAGGCACAGACAGCAGCGGCGGCGGGUUGUAUCGGCGUCUGUCGCUCGCGCUGUCGCAGACACUGGCGCCGCAGCGGAGUGGGCAGCUGGCGGCAGAGGCGGAGAACGGGGCGGGGGCAGCGGCGGCAAAGGCGGCAGCAGCAGGCCUUGUCGAUCCACAUGCCGACUCGACAGUCACCGAGCCGCUGCUCGCAGCUGAAACCGUCAGUAGCAGCGCCACCAGCAGCAGUAGCAACAGCCAUGUCGCCAACUUCGCCACCACCACCAGCAGUAGCGGCAGUGGCAGUGGCAUUAGCAUCAGCGCCACUGCGGCCGCUACAGCCGCAGAGACGGUGCGCGUCGCGUCCGCCUGCAUGCUACUGGCACUGCUGCUGGGUGGGCUGCAGGCGGCGGUGCUGCUGGCGGCGGGGCCCGGGCUGCUACACGUGUGGGGCAUACGACGAGGCGUGUCGCCUGUGUUUGGCCCCGCCCUUGGGUUCCUGAUGGUCCGGGCGCUGGGCGCGCCGGCGGCAACGCUGAUGCUGGCGGUGCAGGGCGUGUUCCGAGGCCUCCAAGACACCACCACGCCGCUGCGCGCCACCAUCCUGGCCUCCUUCAUCAACAUCGUGCUGGCACCCGCCCUGGUGUUCGGAAUGCGCAUGGGCGCCGCCGGCGCCGCCAUCGCCACCGUCACCUCGCAAGUGGUCACCGUGGGCGUGCUGCUGCGCAUGCUGCGCCGCCGACUGCUGCAACAGCCGCAGGCGGCGGCGGAUGCGGAGGCGGCGGUGCCGCUGCUGACGCCGCCACCCGCGGCGGAGGUGGAGAUGGAGAGGGCGCCGGCGGCGGCGGGAGGCGCGUCCGGGGAUGCGGAGGAGAGGCCUUUGCUGGGAGGCGCGCCAGCGGUGGCAGCAGCUGCUGAGGACAGUGGUUCUGAGCAGCGGGUUGGCGAGCCGCUGGCGGUGGGGUCAGCCGGGCCGCUGAGCGGCCGGCUCAGCAGCAUCGGCGGCGGCGGCGGCGAGGCCGCUGUCGCCGCUGCCGCGUUGUCGAGGCAGCCCAGUGCUGCUGAGCCGCUGUCGCCGCUGUCAGGCAGCAGCGGCGGCGGGCGGCGGGCGUCCAAGGAUGACAGGCGAUGGACUGCAAAUGCCGCCACCGGCGGUGGCUUCAGUAGCAGUUUCGCCGGGGCAGCGGCCUUCGAGGUCGCGGAGGCGGAGGCGGCGCCCGCAGGGGGAGCCGGCAGUGGCGGCGCGGCCACCGGCAGAGUCAGCAACAGCGGUGGAGGCGGCGGUGGCGGUAGCAGUGGCGUUGGCGGUAGCAGCAUAGCCAGUGCGCUGCUGCUACUGCCGCCGGUGGUGGAGGCCGUGGAGGUGCCGUUGUGGCGGGGGCUGUACAUGCGGCUGUGGAGCGUAGCGCCGCUGCUCAAGCCCACAGGCUUCAUGGUCCUGCGCAGCGCCUCCGUAACCGCCACCUACGCAGUGGCCACGGCACUGACGGCGCGGGCCGGCGCCGCCUCCACAGCCAGCCACCAAAUCUGCUUGCAGGUGUGGCUGAGUGCCUCGCUGCUGGCUGACGCGCUGGCGGUGGCGGCGCAGUCGCUCAUGGCCCGAGACCUGGGCGCCGGCUGCCCCCGCGGCGCAGCACAGGUGGCUCGGCGCGUGGCGGAGCUGUCGCUGGGUCUGGGCAUGAUCCUGGCUCUGGGGCUGGCGGCUGGUCACCGGGUGCUGCCGCGCCUGUUCAGCAAGGACCCCGAAGUGCUGAGGCUGGUGGAACACCUGCUGUUGUUCGUGGCGGGCAUGGAGCCGCUCACGGUGAUGGCCAUGGCGUGGGACGGCAUCCUCUACGGCGCCGGGGGCUUCGCCUACGCCGCCUUCUCCAUGCUGCUGGCCGCCGCGCCCGCGCUCCUGAUCAUGCUGCUAGGAGUGCGGUACGGCGCCGCCGCACACGCCGUACUUAGCGGCGGCGGCGUGCCGCCGCCGCCGCCAGGCGUGCCGGCGGCGGACGUGUUCGCGGGGCCGGCGGCGCCGGCGGAUGCGACGGGGGCGUCGGUGGACGCAGCGCAUUGGUACGCGGGCGUGUCGGUGUUGGGCUGGGUGUGGCUGGGGCUGGCGGUGUUGAUGCUCAUGCGCUGGGCCACCAUCGCUGUGCCGUACGUGAUGCGGGUGGGCGUGUUCAGGAAGCUGCGCAAAGUAGCUUAGUGUACGGUAUAGUGUACGGUGUGGUGUACGAUAUAGUCGUGUACGGUGUUGUUACGGUGUGGUGUACGGUGUGCACGGCUGACUGUACGGUAAGCCCGCACGCCGGGCAGGCAGGCACUGCAUGGUAGAGGGCGGGCGGCGCCAGCGAGCGACGGAGGGCAGCUGGGGUGUCGUAAUCGUGGUGGCACGAUGGAGUGAGUGUGUGGUGAGCUAGCUAGAUAGCAGUUUGCAGGUCCAGCAGAUAGAGCGUCAGGUCUGUGGCGCGGGUCAAUGCAGUUGCAUGGGCAUACCGAGCUAUGAUGAUGCAUGCUGUCAAUAGAGAAUGAUUGCAAAGGGCGCGUGUGGAUGGGGCGAGCGCGAGCGCUGCUCCAAAGUGCUGCGCUAGCUAGCAGUCGGUGGAGCUAGCGCGCAACACGCACGGUGCCAUGCUGGGGCCGCAUGGGGGUUAAUGAUGCAUGGUUGCAUGGUCAUUGAUUGCAACCGUGUGCAGCCGUAAUGGAUUGCGAAAUGAACGAUGUACCGUAUGAAGAUGCACAUGGGUGUCGCUAACCUUUGCAUCUUUGAUAGGGGGGAGGGGGACAACCUUACAUGCCAGGGUGGGAUGGGAACGAGAACAGCAUGAGGGGGAAAGAGGACGCCGCACAUGAGAUUGAGAAGUGUGAAACGUUCAAGCAGCAAGUGUGCAGCAGUCCAUCCAGGUGUUUGUUGAUGUGGUGUGUAUUUGCUGCGUCCGUGGGCUGACACCACAAUGCAUGGCACCGCGCAAGCGAGCGUUGUACUGCAUUGUUGCAGUGGAACGGUGGAAAGCAGUCAAUGGGUAUGUGGAGUGUGCUGUAAUCGCUAUAGGCGAUGCAACAGUAUUUAUUACGGAAAUGGGUUAGCGCUGCGAUCGCCUGUGCAGGUUUCAAUUGUGUGUUUUGUAUACUCGUGUGUUCUUGACUGGUGACGGCAGCUCACAUAGCUCGCAAGGUCUUUCAAUCUCUUGCUCGCGUACAGCGCUAUUUCGACGGUAAUAUUAGCUAGGAAUGCUACUGUAAGGGGCGUCCAUCUGGGCCCCGCAGUAGGUUUGAACUUGUCCAGUAUGCAAUGACCUCCCUGGACGGAUGCCGUGCGUGGAUGCUGCCAGCGCGAGGGCCAGUUCUCGUAUCUUCCAUCUACGCUGUAGAAAUUUGCCCCAAAUCCGCCGAAGGCGGAGAAUUUUUUUGGGGUUUGAGGCCGCGCAUCUACGGAGUGUAGACGUUUUGGGGAUUUGGCGGUAUCUUAGACAGGGAGCGUAGAUGUUUUGGGGGUUUGGGGGGCGAGCCCCUAGGGAAAAGUUUCUGGGCGUAGCUGGCGCGGGAGGGGUCGUCUACGCUGUGUAGACGCUAGGGGUCUAAAGCCAUCUACAACAUACCGGCACGGGGCAAGGCGCGAGGUCGGUUCAGAUGUGCAAGCUUUAUGGGACUGAUCGUGGCAAGCACGGGACUCGUGGCAUGUGUUCAUCUGAGCUUGUGUUUGUGUCGCGGCGGGGGCAGGGGCAUCUCCAGGCCGAGAGGGAAACCGGCGAAACUUGAUCGUACAUCAAUCCGUAAUGACGUAAUGUAAGGGGUCCUGCGC